CAGCACUGUUAAAAGUGUGAGAGUCGCAGAUGGACUUAACUAGGAGAGUUUGAGAAAAAGGGUAAAAAUUAAAGAUAGAGGGGCUUUCAAAGAGGGCAAAAGAAAGGAGAGGGAGUGAGGGGGGCACCUGAUGGCUGCGGAGGAGAUCACAGGAGGGGCCAGGAAGGCUACAAAGAGCAAACUUUUCGAGUUUCUAGUCCACGGGGUGCGCCCAGGAAUGCCAUCAGGAACUCGGAUGCCACAUCAGGGUGCCCCUAUGGGGCCUCCAGGGCCACCUUAUGGAGGGAGCCCUUCAGUACGCCCUGGAAUGCCUCAAACAGUGAUGGAACCUACUCGAAAACGUCCAGCUCAGCAAGUCCAACAGCAGCAACAGCAGCAGCAGCAACAACAGGGAUCUCAGAGUCGAUCUCGAAAGUCAGUAGAAAAUAGCCAGUUUCACUCAGAUAUACAAAGUGCCAAAAGGAGGAAGAUGGCAGACAAGAUUCUCCCUCAGAGGAUUCGAGAACUGGUCCCAGAGUCUCAAGCCUACAUGGACCUUCUGGCUUUUGAGCGCAAAUUGGACCAAACAAUCAUGAGGAAGAGAGUGGACAUCCAGGAGGCACUGAAGAGACCGUUGAAGCAAAAGCGGAAGUUGAGACUUUAUAUUUCGAACACUUUUAACCCUGCCAAGUCGGACACAGAUGACUCUGAUGGAAGUAUUGCAUCGUGGGAGCUUCGCGUGGAGGGCAAGCUGCUGGAUGAUCCCAGUAAGCAGAAAAGGAAAUUCUCAUCCUUCUUUAAGAGCCUGGUCAUCGAGCUGGACAAAGAACUUUAUGGUCCAGACAACCACUUGGUAGAGAAGUGGCACAGGACCCCCACCACCCAAGAGACAGAUGGGUUCCAGGUGAAGCGGCCCGGUGAUGUCAGUGUGCGCUGCACUCUUCUGCUUAUGCUGGACUACCAGCCUCCACAGUUUAAGCUGGAUCCACGCCUUGCCCGACUCUUAGGAAUCCACACACAGACACGGUCAUCCAUCAUCCAGGCCCUCUGGCAGUAUAUCAAAACAAACAAAUUGCAGGACUCCCAUGACAAGGAGUACAUCAACUGUGACAAGUACUUUCAGCAGAUUUUUGACUGCCCACGCUUGAAGUUCUCUGAGAUUCCACAGCGUCUAACUAACCUUCUUCUCCCUCCAGACCCUAUUGUUAUCAACCAUGUUAUCAGUGUUGAUCCAAAUGACCAAAAGAAGACAGCUUGUUACGAUAUUGACGUUGAGGUUGAAGAUCCACUGAAGACUCAGAUGAGCAGCUUCCUCCUCUCUACUGCCAAUCAGCAGGAGAUCACUGCUCUAGAUAAUAAGAUUCAUGAGACAAUUGAGUCUAUAAAUCAGUUGAAGAUUCAGAGAGACUUUAUGCUGAGUUUCUCCAAGGACCCUAAAGGCUACAUUCAAGACUGGCUCAAAUCUCAGAGUCGUGAUCUGAAGGUCAUGACUGAUGUGGUAGGAAACCCUGAAGAGGAACGUCGGGCAGCAUUUUAUUAUGAACCUUGGUCUCAGGAAGCUGUUAGCAGAUACUUCUAUUGUAAGAUUCAACAACGCAGGCAAGAGUUAGAACAGGCCCUGGGAGUACGCAACACUUAAACUAAUGGCCUGGUAAAGGCCCUGGGUGUGCAAGCAUGGUAGCUCAUCACCCAGUAAAUUGGCCUUCUUCAUAAAACUCUACUGUUGGAACAUUCGGCUAUGGACAACACGGCAGCUAGAUUUGCUGGCAAAUCCCUGUUUUCACUGCAGGGUGCUGUGCUUUUUGUUCGUGUUACUUGUUUCACUGACGCUUUUCAUUGUAUUGUAACUGACAUCUUGGGCAAAUUCUAAGUGAGUGAGGACUGCUGUCCACUUUAUAAACUGUAGGUAUUAGAAACACUGUAGUAAACCCUGCACAAAUAUACGUUCUAAAGAAGCUAACAUUAGGCAUUCUGAGAAUGUACCAUAUGAAGUCAUUGUAGCUACUGGGAGCGUGACAACACUGCUAUGCAGUCCUUUUAUUCCCAAGUGUGAAAUGUUUCCUGACUUGGAGUUCAUGCAGUAUUUUACCUUUUUUUUGUGUAUGCAACGUGAAACCUCGUUGUUCUUUUGCCCUGGGACUCUUCAGUAGUUUAAGGAGCAUUUCUUCUGCUUCUUAGAGUUUGUUUAGCCAGACUAAGCAGAUGCAGAGAAUUUGCAGGGCACUGCAUUGUGCAUUGUAGUAUUAAACUGGCAAGAUGUAGGCUUGUGUUCUUCCUACAAACUUCUGUACUUAUUUCAUUCACUGAAACCUCAUUGUACCGAUUGCUGUCAGUGCAGUUCCCUUUCAGAGUGUCUUUAUCAGUCUGUACUGUUGGCCUCUGCAACCACCGUUUCAGCAAGAAAAACUGUAUACUAUGAUGUGUGUGUGGCUUCAGUAUUUUAUUUUAUAUGUUGGUCCAUUAUGAACCCUGGCUUGUAUAGGAAGUUCGGGCAGUCUGUUAAGUUAGGCACCCCUAGGAUUUGAAAUGAAGGGAAGGUUCCUAACAUAUGACAAAGGCAGCUGAAAUGUUGGGCAAAAAAGUGACCCAUGAAAUGUGGAUGUUCUCCAUGUGCUCUUCCUUUAGGGGAAAAACAUUAUUGUGAUUUCAGAACAUCCCCCAAAGGAAAUAAUAAAACCCCAGUCCUGCUGAGAAAAGGGUGUCGAGUAACUGUGGUGCUUAAUUGGCAGGAGAUGUUCAUUGAUUGUGGCAUCAGAAUAUUUUUACUUCACCUGGUGAAAUCUAACCCCUUUUAUAACAAAACAAAAUAAUUGUUAACUGGUAGAAAUCAUGUGUCCCUGUGUUUUUUUAGGGUUGUAAAAUCCAGACAAGGACUUCCAUCCAUCUAUCCAUCCAUCCACAACCCCUUUUUCCCAUCUUUGCACAUGGGGUCAGGGUGUCACUUCAACAGUGACAAUCAUCUAAGUUUUACACUGCCGAGUGACUAACCCUACUGCUGUAGUGCUUCCACACCACACAAUCGCACUCACAGACCUAUGGUCAGUUUAGAGUGCCCAAUCCACCUCCACCUACUGCAUGUCUUUUGAAUGUGGGAGAAAACCCACAUGAACACAAAUAGGACAUGCAGACUCUGCACAGAAGGUAACCCAGCCAAGGAUCGAACCGGGGAGCCUCUUGGUGUGAUUUUCUGUUUCUGAAAAGUGCACUUUUUACAAGCACACAGAAGUCAGUUGAUGAAGUUGUGUAUGCUGUGGUUUUCAACAAAUAAAUCUUUUAUCAGCUAAUCAAAGGCCAAACUAAGUACUCCUAGUACAAAUUAUUAUUGUUAGAUUUUGUUAGCCAUGAAACCCACUGUCCUUCAAUGGGUACUUGUCUGUAAACUAUUUGCUGUGUAACAAAGAUUGUUCUUUUUCUUAAAUAUAUUUUCUGUAGCUAUGUAGUACAUUAACACACAAACAGAUGCCACAUUGUAUUGGUGCUAAUGAAAUGUGACUAAAACUUCAGAUUCACAUCACAUAUCAGUAUUUGUUGCAGCUGCUAAUAAAGUCCCUCAUUUCCUGUCA